CUGCAAUUCCUGCAGCAGUGUACGAAAAGGUAAAUGGUUGACAGUUUCAUGAAUUUCGCGUCAGUGUAAUGAAUGUGUAAUUCCUCGAAGAUACGAUUUGUUGUUGGACGCACCAGUGAAAUACUAUGAGCACGCCGGAGAAUCGAAUAGAAGACAUGCUCGUUCGGGUGCAGUGCAGGCUGCCGCCGGGGCGGCCCAACCGCCCGCCGCCGUCGUCACUAUUUGAUAACACAAAUAACGUGCCAAUGCGGCGGCCGCAAAACCUUCAGUUCCGGAUGAACGACCGUCAUGAUCAGCAUGAUGAAAAGCUCAAAGAAAUCAUGAAGAAUAGUGGGAAAUUGAAGAUAAGAAAUAUUAGGUAUGACACAAGCCUGCAGGACAUGGAGCACAUUGAGGAGCUGGGCAAUGGGACCUGUGGGCAUGUGGUUAAGAUGAGACAUCAGCCUAGCCAAGAAAUUAUAGCUGUUAAACAAAUGCGUAGAACAGGUAACAUGGAAGAAAACAAGCGAAUUGUGAUGGACAUCGAAGUUGUGAUAAAGUCACAUGGCUGUCCCUACAUAGUGCAAUGCCUUGGCUGUUUCAUCACAGAGGUAGAGGUGUGGAUAUGCAUGGAACUAAUGGCAACCUGCUUCGACAAGCUGCUGAAACGUCUGAAGAAACCUAUUCCCGAACCGGUGCUAGGAAAAGUCACAGUUGCUACAAUCAAAGCAUUGAGUUAUCUAAAAGACAAGCACGGGAUUAUUCAUCGCGACGUGAAGCCGUCCAAUAUCCUGCUGGACGAGCGAGGCAACGUGAAACUUUGUGAUUUCGGCAUUAGUGGCCGACUUGUCGAUUCAAUGGCUGCUACGAAGAGUGCUGGAUGUACUGCCUACUUAGCUCCUGAACGUAUAGAGGUAGACCCACGCAACCCUGACUACGACAUCCGUGCCGACGUAUGGUCACUAGGCAUCACACUAGUAGAGCUAGCAACUGGCACUUUUCCGUACAAGGACUGCAAGACUGACUUUGAGGUGCUGGCGAAGGUGAUUGGCACCGAUGCACCCACACUACCCGAAGACGAAAACUUCUCAUCGGAGUUCCGCGGUUUUGUCGCCGCGUGCCUCAUCAAAGACAAGAACAAUCGGCCCAAGUACGUCAAACUAAAAGAGGAGCCAUUCUACAAGAAUUACGAGUCGCUCAACGUGAACGUCGGCGAAUGGUUCGCGAAUGCGAUGCGCGCCGUCGAAGAGGAGAGCAAAAGGCAAAAGUUAGCGAAUCAACCUGCGACGACGAGCGCAACUUUAACUUCACCCACACCGCCAGCAACUGUAACGACAACCACACCUGCGAUAUCACCACCAAUGCAACACCAACUCAAACACAUCCGACAACAUUCAGAGCCGCCGCGACCGUCGUUUCUCUCCACAUCACCAACGAGCACGAACGGUGCUGAUAAAUCCGUGAUUGUUACACAUCCGCUGAAUAUGACGACACAUCAAUCACGCAUUGCGUUAUUUCAACGUGCUGUUGGCGGUGAUAGACCCGUGCGAGCGUAUAGUCCGCUUGUACAGCGCAGGGCGGAGAUGUUUGAGCAUCAAGCGCGUGAAAGAUGGAAUAGUCCGGUUGGUUCACCACUACCGCUCAGAAAUCAUAUAGAUCCGGAUCAUCAACCGACGUACACGAGUGGAAACACCAGUCCGAUUGUGCUGCAAAGGUUCUAUCAUCAACAGAAACAACAUCAAGAGAAAAAGGAGGCUGAGGAGAUGAUUAAAAAUGAACAAUCGGUGAAAAUUUUAGGUUUGGGCAAGAAGAAGCUCACUUCUUACAUCAAACUGCAGUUGAAUGGCGAUAGAUCAGGCAGGGCGUCGAGACAUCAGAGUCCGGAACCGCCACCUCGGUUAAAUCGAGGUUUGGCGGAUAGUCCGCUUGCUGUGCGGAGGAAUUUUUUUGAAAACAACGCUACUACAUCACCAGCCAUGUCCAGAAGGUAUAUAUCACCAACGCCACCUAUGCCUCCACCACGCCGAAUCUCUGAAAGUACAUCGGUGCCUGGAUCACCACAACACGUGCGCGCACGUUUCCAUUACACGCCCGAACCCCAGCGACGUUUCUAUCGCAACAACGACGUGGUAUAGCCACCGGCGUCAGCGGCACCACUGCCGCAUGAUUAGAACACUUGUGUACAUACGGAUGAUGAAACUAAAUCAAUGCUCGCCUGCGUGCGCCAACCAAAAAUAACUUACAUUUAAUUCGCCCCUAUCUGCAGUAUAGUAGACUAGAGUAAUCCACGCGAUCGACGAGACGAGGAGGUGUUGUUAUGUUGUUGGUUCGUUUUGCUCGCGGAAUCAUUUCUUGUUUUUUCUUUAAGACUGCAGAGCAAGUUUGUGUUCUGUUGAGAAAGAUAUAAAAGUACUAGUCUUACAUGUACAGUAUUCAUAAUUAAACCAACAUGCGGAAAUGCAACGGAGUUUGUGGAUGAUUACUUGAUUCAUUUUUAACUUUACUUGAAUUGAAUUUAUGCGUCAUUAAGUCAUAAUCAUUUCUUCUGUUUUUUUUUUUUUGUUCAGCGUAUAUUUGUAGUGUUUUUGUUUGUGAUGAUACGACAACUGAAAACCGCCCGUGUGUGAAAGUUGUAACGUUAUUUUGAUUCUCCAACUAGAAGGAACGCCUCUACUUGUAAAUAAUUUAUUAUACAUUAUAGAUUUUACUAUUAGAUGCCAUACGAAAUAAUAAAAUAGUCAACAUUUUCAACAAA